CCCCUAGAAACAUGUCCGUCACCUGCCCGCUUCCGUUUCACGUCGGAAGUUCCUCCUCCCUUCCCGUUGUGUUUUGCGCUUCAUUCGCAUCUGGGCUAGGCCAGUCGAAGCCAAGAUGGCUGAUUACGAAGAUCGGGUGUCUGAUGAAGAGAAGGUGCGCAUUGCAGCAAAGUUCAUAACCCAUGCCCCCCCAGGAGAAUUCAAUGAGGUCUUUAAUGAUGUCCGGCUUUUACUCAACAAUGACAACCUGCUCAGGGAAGGAGCAGCGCAUGCCUUUGCCCAAUAUAACAUGGAUCAGUUUACACCUGCUAAGAUUGAAGGCUAUGAUGACCAGGUCCUUAUAACAGAGCAUGGAGAUCUUGGCAAUAGCAGAUUUCUGGAUCCACGGAAUCGAAUUACCUUUAAGUUUGAUCACUUAAGGAAAGAAGCUAGUGAUCCUCAUCCUGACGACAGUGAUGUGGCUUUAAAAUCCUGGAGAGAUGCUUGUGACUUGGCCUUGCGGGCAUAUGUGAAAGAACACUAUCCGAAUGGUGUCUGCACUGUUUAUGGAAAGACAAUAGAUGGACAGCAAACAAUAGUAUCUUGUAUUGAAAGCCACCAGUUUCAGCCUAAGAACUUUUGGAAUGGUCGCUGGAGGUCUGAAUGGAAAUUUACCAUCUCGGGAUCCACUGCUCAGUUGGUAGGAGUUCUCAAGAUUCAGGUUCAUUACUAUGAGGAUGGAAAUGUUCAGUUAGUUAGCCACAAAGAUGUGCAGGAAUCCAUAACAAUCUCUGGUGAAGCUCAAACCGCCAAGGAAUUUGUAAAAAUUAUAGAGCAAGCAGAGAGUGACUACCAGACUGCCAUAAGCGAGAACUAUCAGACCAUGUCAGACACAACUUUCAAAGCCUUACGCCGGCAGCUGCCAGUGACCCGCACCAAGAUCGACUGGAAUAAAAUACUCAGCUACAAAAUUGGCAAAGAGAUGCAAAACGCUUGAGAACCUUUAUGGAGCAAUGGCAAAGUUUAGUGUGCAAAGCAAACUGAGAACUGUUUGGUCUUACAAAUAUACUAUGUAUACCCUUAUGUGUAGGAGAGGCUCGUAACAAAUGUUAUUGUUGGCCCCCAACACAAAUCAGUUUUUUUUCAAAGGAGACAAAAUAUAGUGGUUUGUAAAAUGUGAUAUUUUGCUAGGGCCUGCAGUCGUAUUUUCUAACUUGAAGUGCCGCAGAACAAUCUUUUGAGUUUUUAUAUUAUUUACCCUGGAAUCUCCAAUUGAAUUACCUGUAUUUGUCAGUCUGGCAUAUAUCAAAUUUGCCAAUAGAACAUAUGAAUUCUUGUACUUAAAAUAUGUACCUGCUAUGGGUGCCAGUUUAACCACUUUUAAAGAAAGUAGCCCUAUGGAAUAUCUCCCUUUCCUUCUAUUAAUUGACACAUGUACCAUUUGUGUUUCUCAGACAAUUGUAAUAGUUAAAUUCAGCCAAUGUAUAUUUUAUUUUUUACAAUACCGAAGGCACGUGAGCACUCACAUUAUACCAACUGAUGCCACUCAUUUUUUGACACAUUAUUUUUAUGGCCUUAUUACAAAGAUAUAAUCUAAUACUGUACUUCAGUAUGUUCAGAAGAACAUUUUAAUGAACUGCUGGCUUUAUAUACUACUUCACAUAAAUAUUCACUGGAAAUAAGGUGGGAUUUCCAGGUUUUGGAUAGGAUUGUAGAAUGUAGUUUCCAGACUCCAUCUACAUUUCACUUUUGAAUCCAUACUUUAUUUUUCCACCUGAUUUUAUAGGAACUUUCUAAAGUGGAACAGAAACAUGUUCAUUGUGAAAUACAAUCAGCAGGCAUGAUCAGAUUCAAGGGAGAAAUAUCGUUGCCCAUGAAAUGCUUUUCAGACUUUUGUGUUGUUGCACUCUUGCAAUUAAAUUCCUUCAAACGAUAUUGCCGUUGAAAGGUAUUCGUUUUUUUCCCCUUUUUGUUACUGUACCGCUUUUUUGCCAUAGACGAAGCUGAUCUCUGAAAUGCAGUAAUGUUUGAAAGCAGCACCCUGAAUUUAAUCAAUUGAAAGAGUUGUAAUAUGCAAUUUUUUUUUAUGAAAGAGCAUAACUCCCAGUUUUCAAUGUACAUAGGGAAAUACCACCUUUAAUGAUUAGAAUCUGUUACUUCAUUACCCAACAUUGGGGAACCUGUGUUUUGGUAACCCAACAGAGAAAACUUAAAUUCUGUCUCCUUCUUGGCUUUUGUUUUAUUAGUUUACGGUGAACAUCUGCAUUUUAGGAUGCUCCUUUUUUUUUUUUUUAGUCUAGAGAGUGGCAAAUGGUGGUUUGGGGUGGUAAGGGCUUGUGUAUGUCAAAAGAAAAUGACAGAAAAAUGCAAAUGUCUUCAUCCUAUAGCGCUUUAAUGGGUUUGUGGCACCUUCAGUUUGUACCACAAGUAUAUGAUCAUUGGGAAAAAUGUGUAUAAAUCCAAAAUAAAAAUAUUUGCACCAUA